AUGGGGAGCAACAAGUUAUAUACACUAAGAAAAAUUUAUAUUGCUUUAAUAAGAUCAAAAAUUGACUAUGGUUGUGAGGUUUACAAUACAGCCUCUGCAUCUAUUAAGAAAAUUUUAGAUAAGGUACAAACACAAUCUCUACGUUUAUGUACAGGUUCUAUGAAGUCAGCUUCAUUAAAAGCACUUCAGGUGGAAAUGGGAGACCCUCCUUACGAAAUCAGAAGAAAAGCGUUAAUAACAAAAUCAUUUUUAAAUAUUUCUACUUUCGAAAACAACCAUCCAGCCAAAAAAUCAAUUCAAGAUACUGCUACUUUUGAAUUUUAUAGUAAAACUGUUAAACGUAAACCAUUUACAUUAAUUGCAAAAGAUACUCUAAAAGGAAAUAAUUUUUCAGAAAAUAAUGUAGUUAUAUAUAGAGAAAGUCCAAUCCCCCCAUGGCAUUUUACAGUACCUAUAGUAAACACGUAUUUAAAAGAUUACAUUUCUAAAAAGGAUUUACCACAUUUAAUUAAAAGUGAAGCCAAUAUCAUGAUAGAUACUCAAUAUAAACACCAUUUAAAAAUAUUCACUGAUGGGUCAAAAGAUCCAAAUAGCAAUGCCGGUUGUGCCUUUGUCAUUCCAGAGUUAAAAAUCAAUAAGGGAUUUAAGCUGAACAAUCACCUUUCUAUUUUUAUGUGUGAAUUGACAGCAAUUUAUUUAUGUAUAUCAUGGUUACAAGACUUUUUACCUUUUAACGUUGUGAUUUUUGUAGACUCUCUAUCAGCGCUUCAAGCACUGAAAAUACCUUUAAACAAGAUAAGAAAUCAAUUCUUACUUGACAUUCAUUUUUUACUAAGAUCAUUGUAUCAUUCAGGUACAAAUAUAAUUUUUGAAUGGAUACCAAGUCAUGUAGGAAUACAAGGCAAUGAGUUGGCUGAUUUUCAUGCUAAACAGGCAUUAAGUUUUCAAAAUAUUUAUAUCUUUGUACCGUUGUUCAAAGAUGAUUUUAAAACAUUGUGUAAAAAUUUAAUGAAAAAAAUGUGGCAAGAAGAAUGGGAUAAAGAGAAAGAUAGAGCAUUGUAUCAAAUAAGUCCAAAAAUUAAUUUUGACAUAAAAAUACCAAAAAUGUCCAGAUACAAAGAAAGACUGAUUUUUAAAUUAAGAACUGGUUAUAUACCAUUGAACAAACAUCUUUAUAAAAUAGGCAUAUCUGACACUAAAUUGUGUGAGGAGUGUCGUGUUGAAGAAACAGUUGAACAUUUCUUAUUACACUGCAAAUUAUAUAACACAGAACGAUCUAUUUUAUUUGACAGUUUAAGAAAGUUACAAAUACAGAACUUUCAAUUAAAAAAUAUCCUAACAGGAUAUAAUUUUUUACCAAUUGAUACAUACGUAAAGAGCACGAAUAGAAUGAUACUUUAA